GUCAAAAAGCUUCGAUAGGUACGCUGAACACAGUUCAGAAGUUGACUCCUCAAGUUUGAAGACACGGUAAAAGCCAUUCAAAAUGACGACACCCAAUAAGAUUAAGUACGGGAUGGACAUGCCAAAAGAAGUCCUGGUGACAAGGGACCCCACAUACACCCACCCAGCCAUCGUCCAAGGGAACUACGUGGGGCCUAAACCACACAAUUACUUACCACUGGCGAUCAUCUGUACCGUCAUCAACCCCUUAGUUGGACCCAUUGCUAUCUUGUUUGCUGUGAUGUCAGACCGAUCCUAUGCGAGUGGGGAUUUGAGGUACGCCACAAAAUGGAGCAGCUAUGCCUUCUUCACUUGUAUUGUGUCAAUCAUUGUGUCAACAGUUCUGGGCAUUGCCAUUGGCUUUUCUCUAAGCCGAAUAGGUCAAAGAGGAGGUUACUAUUGGUGAUGUCAGCAAAUAAAAGCUACCAUACUAAUAUGCAACGAAUAAGGGACAAGAAGAUGGUAGAUGUAAAUUCAAAAACCAUUCCAUUGAACUUAAUAUCAGGAGUUUUAUACACUUUCAUGCACAAGUUUUAAGCAUACUAAUGCAGAAGUUGUUUUGUCAUACAAUUUUACAAACUUGUCUAGAACUGUGCUGUGACAAAGAUGGAAGGUAAAAUCUGAGCAUUGUUUCUUUGGUAUGACGAAUAUGCAUACAUUCACUUUUUCGCUUCUAUGACAUUUUAUUAGAUAAUGGUUUACUGACAUAUCCCCUUUUGUUAUAUGCAUGUACUACCAUUUCAAACACUCAUGAUGGAUUUACUUUAUUUGAUUUUUCCAAUCAAAAUGAUUGUACAUGACAAUGCAUGAAGAACUAUUGUUGAAGUGAAUUAUUUUGAGAUAAAUUAAUAGCUCAUAGUUUUUAGUUUACAUUGUAUCUAUCAUUGGUUUAAAUAGAUUUGUUAAGUCAGACGAAUGUUUUAUCAUAACCUGUAAAUAUAUCCUAUGUACAGAAGUCGUCAAAAUUGUUAUGAGAUUUUAAUACGUGUGAAUCUUACAUCACAGACCGAAGUUUCAGUAUGUAACAUAACCAAGUGUUCACAUUAGUGUACAAACCUUACUAGAGUGCUUUUGUCCAUAAUCUGCAUAUCAUGAUUUUAUAACACAAGAUGUACCUAAUUUUUUCAUAUGUACAUAUAUAUCUGGAAUUAUAAUUUGACACAUACGUUUACUGUGUAAUAAACAUAAUUUUAUAUAUCAUCUAA